AGUCCACUGUCUUCGUACGGCGUCCGUGCGUCGUUUUUUCCCCUUCUUCUUUGUCCUGCCCUGACUUCGCAGACGCUCUUACGAGAUAUUUGCCUACUAUGUCCGAUCUAGGGUCCAAGAGCGAGAAGCAGACAGUCACCACCGCUACGGAGGUCCCUGUGGGCUCUGGGUAUGCCCACGGUGGUGCCGUACAGCGCGCCUUCGAGACCGAUGAUGCGCUCCUCGCUGAGCUCGGGUACAAGUCCGAGUUCAGGCGUGAGUUCUCGCUCAUCGAGACGAUUGCAUUUGCCUUCUCUAUCAUGGGCGUAAUUGCAUCUGUAUCGUCGACCUUCUCGUUCCCGCUGGCAUCCGGUGGACACGUCGGGAUGGUGUUUGGAUGGCUCAUCCCAUCGCUGUUCGUGAUGACCAUAGCAGCGUCCAUGGCCGAGCUUGCUUCAUCCAUGCCAACGAGCGCGGGUCUGUAUUACUUCUCGGCAAAGCUAGCUCCGCCGAAAUACGCCGCACUCGCUAGCUGGAUCACCGGAUGGGCGAACGUCACUGGCCAGGUGACCCUCGUCACUUCAAUUGAUUACACCUGCGCUCAGAUGAUCACCAGCGCGAUCGCCGUUGGUUCGAACGGAUCCACCGUCCUGGGCGCCGGCCCUACCUACGGCAUCCUUUGUGCCAUCCUCUUCGCACACGGCAUUGUCUGCUCCGCAGGCACCAAGUUCCUCGCGCGGAUCAACCUCUUCUAUGUCAUCAUUAAUGUGGGGACAUCUAUUGCAGCGAUCAUUGCGCUGCUGGUGUGCUCUGGCGAUAACAAAGUCUCGACAAAAGACGCAUUCACGCUUUUUGAGAACAAUACCGGAUGGUCAAACAAUGGCUGGGCGUUCCUGCUGGCCUUCACCGCACCGAUGUGGACGUUGACCGGAUAUGAUUCCGCUGCACACAUUGCCGAGGAGACCAGCGGUGCAGCCCGCGCGGCACCCAUCGCCAUCCUGGUCGGCGUCGGCGCGACUGCCUCACUCGGCUGGAUCCUCUUCAUCGCCGCGUCCUUCGCCACCGCCUCCGUCUCCGAUCUCCUCGCCACAAACCUGCCAUUGCCCAUGGCACAGCUCUUCGUCAACGUCCUCGGUAGCCGUGGCAUGCUCGCGAUCUGGAGCUUCAUCAUCGUCGUGCAGUUCGUGACGGGUGCGGCGCAGGGCGUCGAUGCCUCGCGCGUCGUUUUUGCGUUUGCGAGGGAUAACGCGCUUCCUGGGUCGCGCUGGUGGAAGCGCAUGAACAGCCAUACGCAGACACCGGUGAAUGGGGUGUGGCUCGUCAUGGUGCUUGCGGGGAUCUGUGGCUUGCUUGGGUUCUCGGAGACAGCGCUUUCCUCGCUUGCAGGUGCAGCGGUGAUUGGACUGUAUACCUCGUAUGUCACUCCGAUCUUUCUUCGCCUGACAUCUGGGCGGGAGAAAUUGGUGAAGGGUCCGUUCUCCCUGGGCCAGUGGCAUAUCCCUCUGAACAUCAUCGCCUGCGCAUGGGUUGCUUUCAUUGUCAUUCUUUUACUGUUUCCGUCGUACCAGUAUCCCACGGCAGAUACAAUGAACUACGCCGUCGUCAUCAUUAUGGCCGUGUUCAUCUUCGCGUCUGCAUCAUGGAUUGUCUCGGCUCGCAAGUGGUUCACUGGACCGAUCACGAAUGUAGACGAGGACGGAACAUCGUCGAUAGAGGAGAAGCGGGAGGUUGUGUGAAUGGACUACUACCGUAGAACAUUGACAUUUGUAGUCAGUGCCCUGCAGGCCGAGUUCGUUUGUAGAUUGCUAUGAGAUUUAUUUUGUAAUGCAUG